CUCACAUUGGCUAAAUGGCCAAGGAAUAGGUGUGCAAGAUGUAUUUGUUAUUGAAACAAUUAUGGAUAAUUUCAACCACUGUUGACAAUGGAUAGAAUUUCCGUAAAUCUCACCGUAAGUCCUAUAAGGCAUAUCACAUGUUUAUUAACGUACACAACAUUUCAUAUAAACCACCCUGCAAGUCUGUUGUCUUGUCCUUUAAUUUAUUUAGUAUUCACAUGAAGCUUCUUGUUGAAGGUCAAUCUAUGGCUUGAUGAUUAGUUAUAUUUAGGGUUUGUUUCUGUCGAAGGAAGAAGACGAUGAAAACAUAAUUUCAUUCGAACUAUGGAUAGUCAUCAUAAAUCGUGUUUGUGAAUUAACCAAAUGAUUGGGCUUAGAGUAAUGCAAUAAUUUGGGAUCCAAUUUGUGAUUCUUUUAUGGGCUUAAUGGGCCAAGCAAUAGGUGUAACUAAUAUUUGUCAUUAAAACGAUUCUGGAUCAUUUCGGCUGGUGUUGGAAAAUUAAUAUAUGUUGAUUAGAUUUUGUUGUUGUAAACAUAUUAAUUAGUGAUGAAUUCUUAUUAUUUUGUAAUUAAAUGAUAUGUCGAAAGAUGGACGGAUGCUUGGAUUGUUUCUAAUUGGUGAUGAUCUCGUUUAUAUUUAUUUACUUGUACAAGGGGGUCUUUUAAUUACACGCUACGUAAAGCUAAUUACCGAUGUCAAUCCUUGGAAAGGUAUACAAGGGGCCUUUUUAGUAGAUGCAACUUUAUGUUUGCGUUCCACAUCAUACAACCAAACAACUUGUACCCUUAUUUUUACUAUUGUCCACAUCCUAGCCCUGUAAGGCCAAUGCCUCAUUAAACUCAAGUGAAGUCCUUAUGACUAAUAUAAUUACUUUUACGUAACUUUAUGAAGUAUUUCAUGAAUGAAAUAGGAGCCACAACAAUGAAAUAGGAACUGGAAUUUUGCCAUGUCACAAUGAUAUAACGAAAUGACACCCAUUAUGGAUGCUCAUCCCUAAUAAGAAAUCCCUUCUUGCUUAUUUUGUAAUUUAACCAUGCAACUUUACCUUACUCUAUUGCACGAUGCUAUUCCUCGCAUACCCUGAACAUGACUCUAUUUUACAAAAUAGGGUGUCUCACAUAGAAAUGGGGUAAUUUUCAUAGAAAUGUAUGUGUCAUUAUAGGAGAGGCUUUGAAGUUAUUUCCUUUAGCAUAAAAUUUAAUAUAACGGAAAAGGCAAACAAAUAUAUUCAGUUAAGCUUGCAGUUUAAUAUUACGCGCAACAACAGCCGUGUAAAGCUCGCUUGUUAAAAAAAGGGAUAAUACUACUAGGAAACCCGAACUAUUAAGAAUGUGUCAUUUGCGUCCUAAAGUAUCUAAUAUGACAUUUGUAUCCUAAACUUAUUUUCCUUUAGAGUUGAGUGACGUUGAUCGUUAGUAUUUAACAAAUGGUACAUGCUUAAUAGUUCGGGUUAUGACAUAAAUGACACAAAACUAUAAUAGGUUGGGACACAAAUGUCAUAUUAGAUACUUUAGGACACAAAUGACACAUUCUUAAUAGUUCGGGUUUCCUAGUGGUAUUAACCCUUAAAAAAACCCAAAUUAAGGGAUAUUUGAUCGAAACUCACUGAUGAGGGUUACAGAGCUGAUGCGGAGGCAACUGAUGGUUGGCCCGGUCCGAUUGUGGCUUGCCAUUGUUAGGCGGAGCCUGUAUCAAGGGAGGAACAUGGAGAGGCAUCCCCAGUUAAGGUUGCCCCAGGUUCAUGUUGUUCAUCUGAUUUUGUUCGUCUCCCAUGCCGUUCUCCUACUCGGAAUCGCAGCUUAUCCGGCCGUCAACUUGCUCUUCCUUCAUAGCUAGUCUGGCUCGCACUGCUUUAUUAGAGUGACGAAAGGUCCGUUCAAAUUCCUGAUCCAAUGAAAGUAAUCCUCCCGACUAGCUACGGGUAAUGCAUUACCUACACAUAAUUUGGAGGCAAACACGUGAAGGCAAAAAGGGUGAAAGAAAUACAAGAAAACAAUGCAGAAAGGAAAUGCUAAAGUAAUAGAAAUCAUGUUUCUUCAACAACCUAGCUGUCCCCGGCAACGGCGCCAAAAACUUUACUCGCCAAUACCGUAACACUAGAAAGUGGCCAAGUGUAGCCACAAACUAAUGCGUAGUAUAGCGGGUUUAGCUUUAAUUGUCAACCCAGGAUGUGAUGACUACUCCGUGAAGUUCUCAUUAUUUAGUAGUUUCAACGUAAUGAAGUUCUUAUUACUCUUAGCAAACACAAAACAGUAAAGUUGUGAUUCAAGUUCACGAGAUGUCACCCGGAUAUGAUUCCCCCUAGAUUGCAAGUUAAGCCGAAUUGUAAUUCACCAAGUUUAGAUAUAAUGAUAGUUAUAUUGCGGAAGGUUCUUAUUUAGUAUGAAGUCUUGACUAAAGGUCUUCAAACCCUCCCAGUCUGAAUACCCAAGUGAGAGAGGGAGUUUAAUCCAUAGAGAGAGAGAGAGGAAAUCAGCUUCCGAUGUAGAAAUCAUCGUGUGGAGGAUCAAAUUCAGCUUUUAGUUUUUAAUAGGUGCUUCUCUAGGCUUAAAUCGAGCUCCAUUGGUGUCUAAACUCGAUCUGGGUCACCUUGGAAGAUGGGAUCGUCACUUCUCUCUCUAAAACUCUGUUUUCAGCUCUCAAACUCGGAUCCUUUGUCAAAACCCGUGUUUGGCUCUUAAUAGCCCGAUUUUUAGCGCCCAGCCUGAUUACGUGGUCGGUAUUUUAAGGGAAGGCCGGGUUUUACCUAAACGACGCGCAGCGGUAAGUUGUCGAAGCAGACAAAAACCCGGUCUUAGGUUUAAUUCAAGCGUCGAGGAUUACGGGGUCCAGACAAGAUAAAAUCCCUAGACGACUCCCCCGGCCUAUGAUGGCAUUUCCGCGGUCGGGUGUUUGAUGACUCACCAGGAAUUUGGUCCUUGAACUCCUCCUUUCAUCCCCUUAGUGCAUUUGACCCGAAACUCGCUCCCAUGCCUGCAUCGCAGCUAUUAGACACGAAAUACCUCACUGCUAGAACAACCUAGCGUGAAAUAAGUUUAAAACACGAGAAUAGAGUCUCAAACUGAAACAACCCGAUUCUCUUCAAAACCCAAACAAUAAUUCAAACCAAAAACCGGUUACUUCGAAGCAACCGAAACCACGUUUUAAAGACAAAAAAAUCAACAAAUGAUAAUAACCAUA